AUGCUGAACAAUCCAAACUCAGAAAAUAAAAAGAGAAUCCCUUGGUCAAAUCGAGAGGAUUCCCUCUUGUAAUCUUUUGUUGACAUGUAUGCAAGUAAAAAAUAAGGUUGGAAAUAAAUCUCUGAAUUGCUUAUAUAAUAAGGCUAUGAAAGGAAUCCUAAAGAUUGUAGAGAAAGAUAUUAAAAUUAUCUAGACUCAAAAUUCAAUAAAACAAAAUUAACAGAGCAAGAGGUCGAUAUUCUUUUUGAACUCAUUAUGAAAUAUGGGAAUAAAUGGACCUCAAUUGCUGAAAAGCUCAAUCAUAGAACUGAUUAAGAUGUCAAGAAUUAAUUUUAUGCUAUUGUUAAAAAGGUGUUUAGAAGAUUAUUGAAAGCAACUUUACCAAAAGAUCAAAGAAAUAAAUGUUCAAAAAUAACAGCCUCUUUACGUCCUGCCCUUAUUUCUCAUAUAUUUUCUAAUAAUAAAGAAAAUUCUCCUAAAUAAUUCAAUAUUUCUAAAUAAAUGAAAGACCUUUUCAAAAAUUUAAUACUUGAUAAUAAAUCAAUUUAGUUGGGAGAUGAAUUAGAUGAAAAAGAGAAAAAAAGAGUACGAACAGUAUCAGAUUAUUUGGGGAAGUAGAAUUAAAAAUAUCUCGAUAAUAAAAAUUUAGGAAACAUAAAUUAGAGAAAAAUCAUUAAGCCAAAACAUAAUAAAAAACUUAAGCUCUACAGCAAUCAGAAUCAUCAAAACAACAUACUAUAACGAAUUUUAAAUAAUCAACAUAUUUUUGAUAAUAAUUUCUAGACCUUUUUUCCAGAUUAAAAUGUUGUAAAUGAAGAAAAAUAGUUUACAUAGACAUAAGAUUAAUAUAAUUUACCACAAUUAUUUAUCAGCUCCAGACCCCCAUUUUAUCUGCUUUCGUGCUAUAAAUAGAAAUAAAAUAAUUUAAAUUUAUCAUUAAAUUAUUCUCCAUUAUAUGAACCAUACUAGGACACAAGCAACUUAAAUAUCUGA